AUGCCUCUUUGGCAAAUUUAUCACCCGGUCGGCACCUACAAGGACCCCGCCUCCAAAGCCUCCUUUGCCAAAGACAUCACCAAAAUUUACACCGACGUUGGCCUCCCAGCAUUCUACGUUGUCGUCAACUUCAUCCCCUUGCAAAAGGAAGACCUGCUGGUAGGGGGCGAGUUCUUGGAGGAAAAUCCCUUCAUCCGCAUCGUGAUCACAAACAUCGCCAUCAAAAUGCCCGAGAUUGACGAGGUUUAUGCCCGGUUCACCUCUUCCGUGGAUAAAGUCCUCCAGCCUCAUAUCGCCGAGAGAGGAUACGACUGGGAGUACCACGUUGCAGAGACAGAUCGUCGACUGUGGAAGAUCAACGGUCUUAUCCCGCCGCCCUGGAAGAGUGAGCAGGAGCAGCUUUGGGUUGAGCAGAACCGGGCUGUUCCCUAUGAUCACGACAUGAAGCUUCAUGAUCAAGUUCAAUGA